AUGUCAGACCUGGACAGGCAGAUAGAGCAACUGAAAAGGUGCGAGCCACUCACGGAAUCUGAAGUCAAAGCCCUUUGUCUCAAAGCCAUGGAAAUCCUCGUUGAAGAGAGUAAUGUUCAGCGGGUGGAUGCUCCCGUCACUAUAUGUGGUGACAUACAUGGACAGUUCUAUGACAUGAAAGAGCUUUUCAAAGUCGGAGGUGAUUGUCCGCAGACUAAUUACUUGUUUCUUGGAGAUUUUGUUGAUAGAGGAUUUUACUCAGUUGAGACAUUUUUGCUUCUACUUGCCUUGAAGGUGAGAUAUCCAGAUCGGAUAACUCUCAUCAGGGGAAACCAUGAGAGCCGGCAAAUAACACAGGUGUAUGGAUUCUAUGACGAGUGCUUGCGGAAGUACGGUUCAGUGAAUGUUUGGAGAUAUUGCACUGAUAUAUUCGAUUAUUUAAGUUUGUCAGCGCUUAUUGAGAACAAGAUAUUUUCUGUUCAUGGUGGUCUGUCACCAUCAAUUUCCACGUUAGACCAGAUUCGAACAAUUGACCGGAAGCAAGAAGUACCUCACGAUGGUGCCAUGUGUGACCUCCUAUGGUCAGAUCCAGAAGACAUUGUUGAUGGUUGGGGUUUGAGUCCCCGUGGUGCUGGUUUCUUAUUUGGUGGCAGCGUUGUAACUUCAUUUAACCAUUCAAAUAAUAUCGACUAUAUAUGUCGCGCCCAUCAGUUGGUAAUGGAAGGUUAUAAGUGGAUGUUUAACAACCAGAUAGUUACUGUAUGGUCAGCUCCAAAUUACUGUUACAGAUGUGGCAAUGUAGCUGCGAUUCUUCAGCUGGAUGAAAAUCUUGAAAAGCAGUUUCGUGUAUUUGAAGCGGCUCCACAGGAAUCAAGAGGAGCUCCUGCUAAAAAGCCCCCACCAGAUUACUUCUUAUAG